CGACCCUUUGCCGGGCAGCAAAGAAAGCUCACACGGCCUUCCUCAUCAUUUAUUCCGGAGACACGGCCGAGUUUGACGUUCACUUCAAACCAAACAAGGUGGGGAGAGUGGUCGGCCUCAUCCACUUGUCUGUGAUCAACAACCAGUACGAGGAGACCACGAUCCAGCUGCUGGGGGAGGGCUACGAAGACGACAUCAUCCUGGACAACAUCCACGGCCUGGCGGCCAGCUCCAAGUCAGAGACGGAGAUCACCGAGAUCACGGAGGACAAGAUGCUGGAGGAUUUGAUGGCGUCUGCCCGGGUGGAUCACCUCCAGUUCGGGGACUGCCAAGUGGGCAGCGUCUAUGAAGUGACCUUCACAAUGACCAACCGCAGCCAGGUUAACGCCGUGCGGUUUGAGUGGCCUGUGCCGGCUCCCCUCCGCUUCUCUCCACAGGCUGGCCAUCUUCACGCUGGAUGUUCCAAGGACAUCACGGUGACUUUGAGAUCUCGCGCAGCGGUCAAUCUCAGGAAAUCCUUGGUGAAGUGCAAGCUCUCCAGAAUCAUUUUCCAGCAGCCUGUGGACCAGGUUCCAGACUGGGACAACCACAUGCGCACUGUCAAAUGGAUAGAUUCUGGAAAAUCUUCCAAUAUGCCUUCCAAAAAAAAAGUGACGGAGACUGACCCCGAGCCUGCACACACAGUUCUGGAAGAAAACUACCAAGACCUGGACCUUUACAUCAGUGCUGUGAUAGACUAUGCUUCCUUCAGCUCCCAAGUGAAAGAAGUGAACUUUAAGGACACAAUGGUUUUCCAGACCCGAGUUUUCGAGUUCGAUUUGACUAAUACUGGAACAGUGCAGCUGGGAUUCACCUGGCUGCUGUCCUCCGACGAGCCAGCCAAGGCCGUCAGCUUUGCCAACCCACAGAGCUCGACUUCUCGAGGUCCGACGGGGACUAUAUUUGACACAGCCCGAAAGGACCUGUCUAGUGGGGGGACUUUCCGUGGCGGAAGCACCACAGAGAGCUUUUUAUCCCAUGCCUACAGCAGCUCCUCCACCUACCCUUUCUCCAUGGAGCCCAUCAGCGGCAUCAUCCCAGUUGGGAAAAGUCAGAAAAUCAAGGUCAAAUUCUCUCCCCUGGAAGUUGGCGAGUUUGAGAACAGCAUAUACUGCCAGAUCCCUAACCUGGCUCCAGGAGCCCAAGGACUGAUGGUCGCCGUGAAAGGGAAAAGCCUCUUACCAUAUUGCCAUUUUGAUCUGGUCGAAUCUGACUACAUCAGCAGUCACAAGCGCAAUCCAGAUUUAGGCGGGCCAAAUGGGGAGCCUCUGGAUAUCAACACGAGAGUGAUUGAGUUUUCCGCCUUGGGCGUGGGAACAAAGAACAUCCAGACCUUCACUAUUAUGAACCCUACCAAUAAGACCUAUUCCUACCGUUGGAUCUCAGAAGAAGACGAGAAUCUCCAGAAUCCUUCACCUUUUAUGUGUCUGACAGAGGGAGGCUUAAUCCAUCCAGAGAAAAAAGCUGAGAUCUCGUUCCAGUUCACUCCUCAGUGUUUGGACCUCACAGAGGCCUUCUGGACUUUCCAGAUCCCUGAGCAUGCCAUCUCUGUCCCUUUCCUCCUGGUGGGCAGAGCCACAGACCCUCUGAUAUCUCUGGAUGUGCCCCAUCUCACCUUCAGCUCCCUCCUGAUGGGACAUGAAGCCCGAGCGACAGUCUUUAUGAUCAACAAUGAGGAGCAAGAGUUUAAUUUUGCAUUUGAAGACAGUUCUUGCUUUUCUGAAGGCUACGUCAAUAAUCUGGUUGUAAAGCCCAUGGAAGGCGUGAUCCCAGGAAUGUCCAGGCUCCCGAUUGACAUUUACUUCACACCCAAGUGCGAAGGAGAAAUGAAUUUUAAUCUGAUCUGCCGGGUGAAGAAGAAAGCCAAGCCUCUGACCUUAAACGUCAAAGCUGAAGGCUACAAUAUGAAAGUGGAGAUCAGGUGCAAGGAAAGCAAUGGUGUGGUAACUGAGCUGAGUCCCUCCCAGACCAAUGCCAUCAACUUCGAUGAGGUAGGAGUAAAUGAAUGUGUCCAGUGCUAUUUCACCUUGAUUAACCCCGGCAAAUUCAACUUCAACAUUGCAUCUGAAUUUGAUGGCCCCAAAAGCCUGCAGCAGUAUUUUGCCUUCUCUCCCGCUGAGACCAUGGUGGAGGCUGGCCAGAGCGUCUCGGCCAUCUUGUCGUUCACCCCUCUGAAGAAGGGUUUUGUAAAGGGGGUAGAACUCAGACUCAAGGUCACUUACGGUCCCACAUACGUCUGCACACUCACUGGCUCCUCCGUGACUCCUGCCGUCCACUUCUCCUUCACCAGUCACAACUUUGGGACCUGCUUCAUCUACUUACCGGGGAUGUCCCUGUACAAACAGACCCUUGUCAUCAAGAACAAUGAAGACAAGCCUGUUAAUUUGGAUUGUUUGUAUACCAACACAGCCCACCUGGAAGUGACUUGGCGGGUUGUUGUGAUAAAGCCUGGAAGGAGUAUAGAAGUUCCAAUCACCUUUUAUCCUCGAGAAGCUAUAUUUUAUAAGGAACUCAUUCCCUUUGAGAUCAAUGGACUCUCUCAGCAAAUUGUUGAGAUCCAGGGGAAGGGCACUGAGAUGAAGGUCACAGUCCUGGAUCCUGAAAAUAGGAUUGUGAAGUUUGGAGCUCUCUUACCAGGGCAAGUAGUCAAGAGAACCGCCUUGAUUGUGAACCACAGCCUCAUCUCGCUGACUUUUAACCUAAUAACAAAGUUAAAUGUUAUGGAACUCAGCGAAAGCAAGGUUUUGACCAUGACACCUUGUUCCAACAUUACUCUGAAGCCCCAAGAAACCUGUAAAGUGGAUAUUGUCUUCUCCCCCAAUAAACGCAUCCCCCAGUUUAAUGAGGAGGUAACCCUGGAUUACUCGGGGUGCCUGCGUCCCCUGUUUCUCAUCAAUGGCUGCUGCCAAGCCCUGGAGAUCACUCUGGACCAGGAGCACAUCCCCUUUGGGGCUGUAGUCUAUCAGUCUCACGCGACGCGUCGGCUCCUCAUGAUGAACACUGGGGACAUUGGAGCCAGAUUCCAGUGGGAUUUCAAGAAAUUUGCACCUAAUUUCUCCAUUACCCCAACCAAAGGCUACAUCACCCCUGGGAUGGAGGUUGCUUUUGAAGUGAUCUAUCGGCCUACAGAGCUGGGCAAGGAGAGCCUCCACAAAAACCUGCCCUGCACCAUCCAGGGGAGCAAACCUCUCUUGCUCACCCUGUCUGGAGUCUGUGUGAGCGUGUCUGGAGUAAAAGAGACCGUGAACUUCAGCUGUCAAGUGCGCUCCAAACAAACCCAGACCAUCAUGCUGUCUAAUCGCACCAAUCAUACCUGGUAUCUGCAUCCCAUCUUUGAAGGAGAGCACUGGGAAGGGCCAGAGUUUCUCAUCCUGGAAGCCCAUCAGCAAAACAGGCCCUAUGAGAUCACCUACAGGCCUCUCACCAUGAAUCUCGAUAAUCGGAAGCAUACGGGCUCGGUCUUCUUUCCACUCCCUGAUGGUACAGGCUGGCUGUAUAUUCUUCAAGGGACUGCUGAAGCUCCCAAAGCAGUAGCCAAUAUCUACCGGGAAGUGCCAAGCAAAACGCCCUAUGUUGAGCUAUUGCCUGUCGAAAACUGGCUGAACAAGGCGCAGAGAUUCCGCGUCAUAGUGGACAUGAUUAAGCCAGAGAAGCAAGACCUGAGUAUGACAAUAAAAGGCCUUGAUUACAUCGAUGUCCUGGCGGGAUCCAAGAGAGACUACAAGUUGAACUUCUUUUCCUACAAAGAAGGGAUAUUCUCAGCAAAGGUGAUCUUCCGCAAUGACGCAACUAGCGAGUACCUGUUCUAUUUGGUGUCUUUCAAAGUCCUCUCGGCCGGGAUCAUUAAGACAAUCGACAUGACUACCUUUGUUCGGCAGAGCACCUCGGCCUCCAUCAAGGUGGAGAAUCCUCUGCCUUAUCCUGUUUUCUUCACCACAGACUGCCGCGUGCCCGAUAUCAGCAUCCCCUCCCAGUUUGCAGUGCAAGCCAAUUCGGAGGGUACCAUAUCAUUUGAUUUUCAACCUCUGAAAGCCGGGGAGACUGUUGGGCGACUGAAUCUGCACCAGAGUGAUCUGGGCACCUACCAAUAUGAACUCAAUCUUAAGGCCUUGCCAGGCCGGCCUGAGAAGCCAGUCUACUUCCAGGUUCCCCUGGGGAGCAAUCAGGCCCUGAAUGCUAAGUUCAUUAACUAUACUCGUCAGAAGACAGAAUAUGCAUGUAAGACUGACAACCCAGAUUUCCAUGUGGAGAAGAUUGUCUACGCAGCCCCAGGCGGCCAAGGAGGAACUGAAGUCAAUGUGGAAGUCAACUUUGAGCCCAGCCAGCUCGGUGAAAUGAGAGGCAACCUCUAUGUCUCCUCUCUCAUAGGAGGGGAGUACGUUAUCCCACUCAUUGGACUGGCUCAAUACCCCAAACCUCAGGGGCCCAUCCAAAUCAAAGCAGGUUCCAGCACAAUCAUUCCCUUCAAAAAUGUAUUCUACCACCACAUGACCUAUUCCAUCAUUGUGGAGAACCCAGCCUUCUCUGUCAAAGCCGUUGAUACCGUGCGCUCUAAGAAAACCAACAACAUCACCGUCUCCUUUGAAGGAAACACUUCAGGCCACAAAGCCCCCAUCACCACAAAGCUCAUUGUAUCCUGCCUCAGUGGCAUUGGCAAUGAAGCGGGAGUCAAAUGGAUCUAUUAUCUGAAAGGGAUCACCCCAUAGAAUUAAUCAGGAGUCAAUUGCUUGUAAACUAACUAAAACCCUUUUCCUUUUGGAAUCAUCAGUAUUUUCUAAACUCUAUAGUCAAGAUUUCUUAGACCACUCCCUCCCCCAAAGCCCAUCCUCCACAUGGUUCCUUCUUCCUAAAGCCCCGGGCUCUUGUCAGGUAAGAAAAUCAAGGGGGAAUAAAGCCCUCUUAAAACUCAUCAGUUGUUGACCAAACUCACCAAAGAUAUAUGCAUCAUCCCUGUAGGGUUUUUCCUAGCACAGAAUAAUAGAAGUUAGGGUGUAUAAAUGAACAUAUCAUAGUCUCAUUUUUCUUUGGAUAUACCAGCCCAUAUAUCAAAUAUAUACUCGCAGUCAUAUAAAGGUCUAUUUUGAUGUUUUUUUAAUUUAAAUUUUAAAUGAUUUGCUUAUUUAUGAAUUCAAGACUUUUCUAUAGAUUUCUGAAAAUUUCCUCUCCCCACCAAAUCCAACUAUGCAAUAAAGAUCUCAUUUAUUAAGAAAA